ACAAAACACAAACAAAAACAUUUUGAUUGAAAUGAUAUAAAUGUAAUAAAUAUAAAUUGGAUUGUACUCCGAAUAUUUGAUAUUUUAAAAACAGUGAAAUAGCGAACUUUGCUGUUCAUCACAACUGGUGCUUAAAUCUUCAGAUGGCGAAGAAGGAGUAAUAAUAGGCUUAAUAUAUAUUGUAACAUGGAACAAUUUUCCGUUUAUUCAUAAAAAAAUCAAAAUUGGAUGCCUAUUUGGACCAGACGAAAACACAAAAAUCUUAGAAUUGGUGGAUAACACACACGCAAUAAAAGAGUGGUAUUUUUCAUAUUCAGCGCUUAUAUCCCCCGAAAAUUUAAUUGCGAGGACAAAUCAUAAAUUCAAGCACUAUGACAAAAGAAUUUAUUUGCCGUCUAUGUGGAAAUGAUUAUUCCGAUGAGUUCUUUGAGAUAUACGAUGAUGAUGGUAAUCCCAACGAAGGUUACAGAAUUACAGCAAAUUUCUUCAAUUCGAGGUUUUUAGAUUUACAAAAUGGCAAUCAUCUGAAAAGUUUAUGCUCCGAUUGUUGGAAUCAUAUUUAUGAGUUUCAUAAAUUCCAAGGAUUUGUUUUUCAAAUGGAAACAAACGUUAUGGCAAAGCUGCAAGAGAUAAAGGAAACUACGAACAAUAGGAAUGAGGAAGAUUUCUCUGAUGCAUCAAAAUUAACAGAACACUCCACCGAAAGUAAAACAAAUGGCCCAGAAAAGUGUAUUGUAAAAUUGGAAAAUAAAAUACCUUGUGAAUUUGAAUCGUAUGAAAUAUCAGAUGAUAGUGAAGAAGAGGAGCAUGCAGAGCAGCAAAUGAAACAAAGCUUACAUUCUGGUAGAUUAUUUGAGGACGAUUACGAUAUUUCCUAUUCUGAACUAGAGGAAUUAGAUACUCAAUUGAACUCGGAAAGUGAAACAGACAAAACCCAUGAAAGCACUCCGGCAAAUGCUGAGAAUACGAAAUCACCUGAAAACAAUAGAUUGGGGAAUAACGAUGACAAUGAUGUAGAUUAUAAUCCAAGAAGGGAGUUUACAAAAAGACGCAGGCGAAAGCGUAUAAGAAUGGACAAUUUCGCAACUCUUCCUCAGGACAACUCUUAUAGGUCCCAACAAAAUCCAAUAUUUUUAAAAUUUGUGGAAUCGAAUCAGAGAACGGCUAAAGAUGCUGAUGAUUUAAUAGCCCAAUGGCUUCCAACACUACAAUGUGUUGAAUGCGAAAACAAAUACACCAGCUUUACAUUGUUAAAAGACCAUUUUCAAGAAGCGCAUAGAAAUAAACGAUUUUACGUCGUAUGCUGCCAGCGUAACUUCAUCUAUCGCUGUUACCUUGCCGAACAUGUCUGUUUGCAUUUUGAUCCCUAUGUGUUUAGGUGUAAAAAAUGCGGCCGCGUAUUUACGAAUCGGGCAAAUUUGUGCGCCCACAAAGCUAAUCAAUGCGUACCCUUGGAGCCGACCAGAGAAAGAAAAACAUACAAAGAAUUGGAUGAUAAUAUUGCAAAAUGGAAACCGAAAUUGGAAUGUGUCGUUUGUAAAGAGAGCUAUGACACAUUUACAAUAUUGAAACAACAUUUUGAAUUAAAACAUCCCAAUGAUAAAUUUUAUACGGUAUGCUGUCGAAAUAGAUUUUCAACCCGGUAUCGUAUGGAGGAACACAUUCAAACACAUUUGAAACGCCAAGAUUAAAAUUAAAUUAAAAGUACCUAAAUAAGUUUUACCAAAAAUAAUAAACUACGAUUACUUUAAUGCAUGUACAUGCAUUUGUAUUUGUUUAUAUCAUUAAGUGUUUUUUUUAUCUUAUAAAUAUAAUAAAAUAG